AUAAUGGAAACUACAUUUCCCAUAAGGCGUCGCGGUUUACUACGCCAUUAACGUGCGCAGAGCUGAGGUGGCGUUUGAGAGGAGGUUAUUUCCCGGCUGCUCACCUGAAAGCCCCGCGGCUGCUCUCAUCAUGACUAAACUUCUGGAGUGGCUGUUUGGUGUGUCGGCGGUGGGCGCAGUCUGGGCUUUGGUCACUUUCGACCUGUUGGACCUGAGCCUGCCGCAGACGUACAGAGAGGUUGCCUGGCCAAUGCCGCUGUACCUGCUGGUGUCAUUCGGCUGCUACUCCCUGGCCACCGUGGGGUACAGGGUGGCCACCUUCAAUGACUGUGAGGAGGCGGCGAAAGAGCUGCAGGGGCAGAUAAAAGAAGCCAAAGAGGACUUGAGGAAAAAGGGCUUAAAGAUGGACUAAGUAGAAACUUGCGAGAGAAGAGUGAGGACCACUGUUGCACACAACCCAGUGUCUGCGCUUGUGACGUUGGAGUCACUCAAAAAACUGUGAUGGAUGAGACUGAACUCUGCACUGACACCCUCUUUACUGAUUCCGGCAGAUUUGAUAUGAACAUCAGUCAUAAUCAGUCAUAGAUAUUGGUCAGAUGUGCUUCAGGAAAUGAGAAAUGAAUGUCCCAGUGGGUGAUUUUCUGGGUUACUCAUUAAUGACAACGGAUAAGAUUGAACGUGGUUAAAAAUGUUUGUCAUUCUGACCAUUUAUAGACCUCAGUCUAAAGUAAACAAACUCAGCAACAUCAGAUUCUUUUCAAAUCAGAGUGUAGAGGGCGGUUGACACUGAUUAGCUCAUUUUUAAACCAGGUAAAAGAGGCUAAACAGUGAGUGCGCACAUGGGCUGUCUUGGUUGGAGACUACACACAGUUGAAUAUCCCUGAAUUCAUCUCACUGGUAUGCUAAAUUAUCAUCUGUGACCAGUUGUGCAUCACUGAACAAAUGAAAACCGAAAGGUCACAUUGGAACAAUCUGCGUAAAGAAUGUCUCCACUGGGAAUUCUCAGAUGCUUUCAAUCUUCGUCAGUUUUUCAAAAUAGUACCACACAGUGUCAACCUUGUUGUGUGUAUCUGGAGAUUGUUGGUUGUCAGUAUAGAUGGACUAGGUUUUAUCUGUAAAGUAGUUUACAUUCCAUUGUCCAAUUUCAGACUUAUGUUCUGCGGCUAUUGCUGGGACUUAAUAAAAAUGCAUAUUUUCCUCAGGUU